AUGCUCAUCGGCAUCUGUGGCCCGAUAUGUGCGGGCAAAGCAACCGUAGCAGAUUAUCUGAUCAAAAAGCACAACUUCACUCCCCUCACAAUCAAGCGGGAUGAUGAGACUCCAACAAUCGAAAAGUCCGCCAAUUUCGCACAUUGGACUUCAGCCGCUCUGGAAUUCCCUACCGCUCUCUUGCUCGAUCAAUACGUCUCUGAGAACUGGAGAGAAAAUUAUGUCUUGACUACUAUCUGGAACGAAGCUAUUCUCGACACCUUGGCCAAACGACCUCACUUCAUCCUUUUAAGUAUUGAUGCCCCAAUCAGUGUAAGAUGGCAACGCUUCCGUGAGAGAUGUGCUCAGGAAAAUCAAGAAGCCCCUGCUUUGGACGACUUUGUUCUGCGCAACGACGAGCAUCUCUACAACCCUCUUUCCAGUCUUGCCGCUCUCUCUUCUAGAGCCCAGAUUAGAAUUCUGAAUCCAACAACGACCAUCACUCAACUGAGGGCUUCGCUCGAUGCCUUGAAUCUCCUCGACCCUGCCAGAAUGAGACCAACUUGGGACCAGUACUUCAUGCAACUUGCUGAUCUCGCCGCUCGACGAAGCAAUUGUAUGAGAAGACAGGUGGGGUGUGUUCUUGUCCGUGGAAAGCGUGUAAUCAGUACCGGCUACAACGGUACUCCACGAAAUGUCACAAACUGCAAUGAAGGCGGUUGUGCUCGUUGCAAUACCAGCAAAGGCGGCGGUACAGGUUUGAGCACCUGUUUGUGUCUCCAUGCUGAGGAGAAUGCACUCCUUGAAGCCGGUAGAGAGCGCGUUGGUGACGGCGCUGUAUUAUAUUGCAAUACGCAAGUUCUCCCAAAUCUCAACACAAAUGCUCAUGCUGAUUUUCGUAGUUGUCCUUGUUUGACAUGCAGUGUCAAGAUCGUGCAGGUUGGUAUUACCGAGGUCGUUUUUAGCCAGAGCUACCACAUGGACACUCAGAGUGCAAAGAUCUUCCAAGAGGCUGGUGUGCAUCUGCGACAAUACGCUCCUGUAAGCAAUCCGUAUACCUUCCUCUCCUCACAUCGCUGACAUUCGACAGCCACGAGAGGGUCUUGUCAAUCUUUGUGACCUUGGAAUCGCAGAUUCUGAUAGAGCAUGAUUUACAUGUUGAUAGUAUUCGUGAACAUCCGUCGAUUGACUCGUAUAAUACAGAUCAUAACAUUACCAGG